AUGCCGAACGCGGGGCCUACGAUUUACGUGUCGCCUUCCCUCUCUCAUCACACCCCCUAUCGGCAACAGCACCAUCCCCAACUCCCGCAUCCACUCCUGCAGUUGGACACUGGUGCGGACGUCGGGGGGGAGGUCGGCUUUGGCAGCGGCAUCGGUGGUAUCGGGAGUGGUGAUGCUGCACCUCCUCGCCACGCCCCAAAACGGGUUACGCGGGGAGAAGUUGAGACCGACCCAACCAACCGCAACGGACACGGAGCGAGCCCCAGCCUUGGCACUUCUCCCGAAGACCGGGACAGCAGUACUGCCUCCCCCACGGCCGCGGCUGACCAGCCGAGGAAAAAGCAGAAACGAAACAAGCCAACCUUGUCGUGCUUCGAGUGUGUUGAGAGGAAAACAAAGGUAUGUAUUAAACGCCAAACAAACUGUGAAUAUGCGCUUGUCGCCAAUCUUCUUGAAGAAACCACGCGGACCGCCACGAAUGGCCGUCGGAUGACGAGACCACCAAAAAGGCGGGCGGACGGGGUUUCCCAUGCCAUGCCGAAUGCUGCUGACCGUGGCCUAAAUGUUGGACGCCUUAGGGCACUCGGCUCAGUGGCCACCUCGACGGGACUCUUAUCCAAUGUGCCCUUCUCAUCGCCAGGGUCCUCUAAUGUUUUUGGUAUUGGGUCGGAACACCCGUUUGCCAACUACUGGACUUGCGAGGGUGGGCUGCCCGAGGUCAUCUCUGUCCUACCUGACAAGCUGCAGGCUGAUAUCUUGCUCAACCGCUACUUCGAAUGCGUCGACCCCGUGUAUCCCAUGCUCCACCGACAAACGUUCUACGCCGACUAUGAGCACUUUUGGUCUUUAUCACGGCCUGACAAGGACCGUGCCGAUGCCGCGUUUGUCGCACUGAUUUUUGUGAUGCUAGCCCUGGGGACCCAGUUUGUGACGUCGACGUCACCGAGGGAGAGAAAACAAACGGCCGAAUUCUACGCUUCUGCGAGCAACCAAGCCUUGCGCAUGUGCUCGUACUUGAGCACGGCCUCUAUCAAGACUAUCCAGGCUAUGGUUCUCAUCACCUACUUCCUCAUCAACGACAACCACGCCUCAGAUGGUUGGGCGUUCGCUGGGAUUUUGAUACGGCAGGCAUAUGCCAUGGGACUUCACCGUGAUCCCAACAUUGUGGUUCCCGACGCGCCACCCUUCGAAAAGCAACAACGACGUAAAGUCUGGCAAGCGGUGCUUCUCCAAGACACCUUCUUAACCGUCCUUCUUUCUCUCCCACCGAGCGCUACUCACACUGACGUGAGCGUCGACGACCUGGUCGAGGAUAACUCAUCCAUUGCCUCCGAUGACCCGACUGACACCGCCUACAUCCGGGGGUCUUGGACGCUCGCCAAUCUCGUACAGGAGACGAUCUGCUCGCCCCGGUCUCUCGAUGUCCCCAUCUGCACGACAGCCCGCCACAAGUCCAAAUUAAUCGGCGAUUUUCGUGCUGUCUACCGUUCCUUCCCCGAUGUCUUCCGGUCCUGGGACCCUGACGCCCUCGCCCAACUCUCUCAGAGCAACAAGCGUGUUGUCCGCCAGACCUUGUUUUUAAGCAGCAAUUACUUCCAUAACCUGAUGCUAGUACAUGCGUCGGAAAGCCAAGACGUGCCCGUUAACGUACGCGGCACGCUCGAGGCCGCGCACGAUGCAAUCACGGCAUUCUUCGUCUUGUUUGCCCUGUUCGAAGCUGAGGCCCGUGUGUGGUGGGUGUUUAACCACCGGGCGUUUCUUGAGGCGCUGUGUAUCGGGAACGUGUUGAGAGAGGCGGCGCGCGAGCCUGGGGGAGAGGAGAGCAUGGCCAAGGACCCCCUUUUUGUGAGGGCCAAGGGGGAUAUCCAUCGCAUGAUACAGAUUAUGCAGGCCAUGAGCGAGGGUGACCAUGGGUCGCAGACGGCGAAGACUAGGGUGCAGGUUUUGAGCGAGUUUCUGGUGUAA